UGUUUUGUAGUCACUUUCUGCGGGCAAAGGUUGCAACACUUUCACCCUUCCAUACCAAAAAUUAAAAUUAAAUUUUUUGAGUCAAUUCCAACACCACAUCUUCAUUCCAUCAAAACACAACAAAACCAAACCAAACAUAACACACCUUUGUAAACUCCGAUGAUGAAUAAGAACACAGACAUCAUCAUGAGUUAUUCUUAUUCUUAUUCCCCUGCCACUCCAUUCUCGUCAUCAUCUUCACAUUCCAUGGAUCCCAUAAUUUGGAGCAAAUUGCCACCCGAAAUCCUCGAAUACAUACUCUCUUUUCUUCCUCUCAAAACCUUCUUAAACCUAAGAUCCACUUGCAAAGGUUUCUGGUCUCUCAUAUUCUCUCCUCCUUUCAUUUCGAAACACUGUUCUCCCACUGCUUCUUCACCCUUCUCUUCAUUCCUCUUACUCUCACACCCUCAAUUCCACCGUCACUUCCCUCUCUACGAUUGCACACUCGGCACGUGGCGCAAUUUCUCUCUCUCACUCUCUGAUUCAUUCCACUCUUUUCCUUCUUUCAGCACUCUUAUCUCCUCUGGUGGUCUCUUUUGCCUAUCAGAUUCCACAUCAUGUUCCUUGCUCGUGUGCAACCUUUUGGCCAAGUCCUCUAGAAAGAUUCAAUACCCAAGUUUCUCUCUUCACUUGGAGCAUCUCACUUUUGUCACCACCCCAACUGGGUACACCAUAUUUGUUCUAUUUUCUGAGGCUGCCUCAAACUGUGCCUUUGUUUAUGACUCAAAGGUUCAAACUUGGAAACGUUUUCGCGGUUUUGCUCCGGUUCUCGGUGACAACCAUCAGCAACAAGGUGUUUUGUUCAAUGGGGGUUUGUAUUUUGCCACCCCAGAACCGUUUUCUGUGGUGAUGUUUGAUUUGAAGAGUGGAAGGUGGGAGAGACCCGUUUGGGAGUUACCGAGUCAUCACCUCACUUUUGUUCGAUUGGUGAGUGAUGGAGGGGGAAAAUUGUACUUGGUUGGUGGGGUUGGGAGCAAUGGAAUAUCAAGGAGCAUCAAGUUGUGGGAAUUGGGUGGAGAUGGGAAUUAUUGGGUGGAAGUUCAAAGUUUGCCUGAUCUUAUGUGUAGGAAGUUUGUGUCAGUGUGUUACCAUAACUAUGAACAUGUUUAUUGCUUUUGGCAUGAAGGGAUGAUCUGCAUUUGCUGCUACACUUGGCCAGAGAUUUUGUAUUACUUGCUUUCUAGGAGGACUUGGCAUUGGCUUCCAAGGUGCCCCUCUUUGCCUCUCAAAUGUAGCUGUGGUUUCAAGUGGUUUUCUUUUGUUCCAAAUCUGUAUGCUUCAGUGUGAUAGCUUUUUUUGUUGUUGUGUUUCUUCUGGUUUUUGGGUUGUUGUGUGCAGGUGUUGGGAUUGUGUUAGGAGUUGAUCCAGUUCUUUUUGUUUUUGUAUAUCUAAUGAUUUCUGGUUGUCAUAAAUUUGUAAUUGAUUUUUGUCCUAAAGUAAAUACCUUGUCUAUUGGCAUUUGUUGUGGGAUUUGUUACAUUUGUAUCCUGUACGGUUCUUAAUCACAAAAAGGGGAUUUAAUUGAGAA